UGAAAUCCCUAAAUCUCUCACUCUCUCCGUGGUGCCGUCUUCAGCUUCCAUGGCUCUACACCAUUUAUUACAAUUCUAACUGAAUCUACCUGUUCCCUUCAAUCCUUAUAACACACUACACACAUGAUUUCUCUUUAACCGCAAAAGUUGUUGCUCAACAUUUAACACAACCUAUUCAAUUCAAACAUAAACCUAUCCACUUUCUAUCUCUCUUCUUCACCGAUAGCUAAUGGAUUACACACAUUUCUUCCUACUAGCAACAACCACUUUAGGUUUCAUCUCCAUCUCCAAAUCUCUCUUCAAUUUUCUCGUCUGGAUAUACGCCACCUUAAUCCGACCAACAAAGCAUCUCAAAGACUACGGUUCAUGGGCUAUUAUCACCGGCUCAACCGACGGAAUCGGCAAAUCCAUGGCUCUCGAGCUCGCAGCCAACGGACUCAACCUUCUCUUACUCGGUCGAAACCCUCUUAAGCUCGAAGCAACGUCAAAAGAGAUAGUAGACAAACAUUUCACCAACGUUCAGGUAAAAUAUCUUGUUGUAGACCUGCAGAACAAUAGCGGUGACGAAAUAAUGAAGAAAAUUGAAGAAGCUAUUGCUGAUUUAGAUGUUGGAAUUCUAGUUAAUGCCGCCGGCGUGGCCUAUCCUUAUGCUAGAUAUUUUCAUGAAGUUGAUUUAGAUUUGAUGGAUACUAUUAUUAAAGUCAAUAUAGAAGGAACAACUUGGGUUACAAAAGCUGUGAUUCCUAGUAUGAUUAAGAAGAAAAAAGGAGCUAUAAUUAACAUCGGUUCUGGUUCCACUGUUGUUCUUCCUUCUUAUCCUCUUGUCACACUUUAUGCAGCUUCAAAAUCGUAUCUUGCCAUGUUCUCUGCAUGCACCAAUUUGGAAUACAAACACCAAGGUAUUGACAUCCAGUGUCAGGUUCCGUUGUUUGUGUCGACGAAAAUGACAAGGAUGAAGGCUUCUCUGUUUGUUCCAACACCAGAUGUAUAUAGCAAAACAUGUAUGAAAUGGAUUGGUUAUGAGAAACUGGCUGUACCUUACUUUUUUCACUCUUUGCAGUCGUUUGUCAUAAGGGCGAUUCCUGAUGUGUUGUUGGAUUCGUAUAUGCUCAAUUAUUUUCUUUACUGGCGUAAAAGAGGACUAGUUAAGGACUCGCAAAUUAAAGGAACUAGUAAUUCUGAAGCAAAUUAGCAUUGAUGAUGAUGAUGAUGCCAAAUUUAGUUUUAUGUUUCUGCUAAAUCAACAUCACUGUAAAAGAUAAGAGUCAUUAGGAUGGUCCCAGUUCGUAGUAUCCUUUUUUGUAUUUUCUUGAUCAUUUGCUUAAAACUAUUAUUGCUGUUUUCUUAAUGUAGCUCUAAUUUGUUUUGUUA